AUGCUGAACAAAGCACUUCGAGUUCAGAACAUCGACAUUCUCUUCGCGCUUCGAUUUCUAAUCGUCGACAUUCACAACCAGCUCAUCAAAGAAUCGUCAAACACAAACGUCAGUCGAUUAUAUCGAGGUCAAGUGAUGUCAAAAGAUGAACUUGCUCGCAUUCGUUCAAGUAUUGGCGAAUUCAUCUCGAUAAACUCCUUUCUAUCCACAACUCGUAGUCGGAACAAGGCACUUGAAUUUGCUCAAAGUGCUCAGUGUGAAGUUCAGUAUGAAUGUGUUCUCUUCAAAAUCAAAGUUGAGAGUCGAAUAAAAGCAAAACCGUUUGCCAAUAUUUCUCGACUGAGUUAUUUCCCUGGUGAGGAAGAAAUUCUGAUUAUGCUCGGUUCGAUCUUUCGACUUGAAAGUGUUCACUUUGACAAAGAACAGCAAAUCUGGGUGGCUGAUUUAGAUUUACGCAACGAAGAUGACCAUGAUCUGAAACAAGUGUUUGACCAUAUGAAGAAAGAAAUGGGGAGUGAAACCACUCUCAUUUCACUUGGAAAUUUGUUCCGUGUAAUGGGUGACUUGGACAAGGCCGAAAAGUAUUAUCAACGGUUGUUAAAUGAGCUGACAGUGGCCGAUUCCGUCAUUCCUUACUGUUACGUAGGACUGGGUAAUGUUGCCAGCGAGAAGGGUGAAUAUGCUUUAGCUUUGGUCAAUUACGAUAAAGCAUUGAAAAUAUUCUUAAAAGCCCUUCCACCCGAUCAUCCUGAUAUCGCCGAAACCUAUAACAAUAUCGGUCUUGUGCAGUGGUACAAAAGUGAAUAUGAUUUAGCUUUGAUGAAUUAUGAAAAAGCAUUGAAAAUCUUCUUAAAAAUUCUUCCACCCAAUCACCUUCAUAUCGCCCAAACAUACAACAAUAUCGCCAUUGUACAAGCUGAUAAAGGUGAACAUGAUUUAGCUUUGAUAAAUAUGGAAAAAGCAUUGAAAAUCAGAGUAAAAGCUCUUCCACCCGAUCACCCUGAUAUCGCCCAAACAUAUAACAAUAUCGCUGGUGUACACCAAAACAAAGGUGAACAUGAUUUAGCUUUGAUAAAUUAUGGCAAAGCACUGAAAAUCAGAGUAAAAGCUCUUCCACCGGAUCACCCUCAUAUCGCCGACACAUAUAACAAUAUCGCUGGUGUACACCAGAACAAAAGAGAAUAUGAUUUAGCUUUGAUGAAUUAUGACAAAGCAUUGAAAAUCAGAGUAAAAGCUCUUCCACCCGAUCACCUUCAUAUAGCCGGCGCAUAUAGCAAUAUCGCUAAUGUACAAGAUGACAAAAGUGAAUAUGAUUUAGCUUUGAUGAAUUAUGACAAAGCAUUGAAAAUCAGUGUAAAAGCUCUUCCACCCGAUCACCCUCAUAUCGCCGACACAUAUAACAAUAUCGGUAUUGUGCAGCUGAACAAAGGUGAAUAUGAUUUAGCUUUGAUGAAUUAUGAAAAAGCAUUGAAAAUCAGAGUAAAAGCUCUUCCACCCGAUCACCGUGAUAUCGCCGACACAUACCGUAAUAUGGGGCUCGUGCAUGAAGCAACUCGUACUUGGGAAUCCGCAUUAGAAUAUCAUAACAAAGCAGCAACAAUAAGACGCAAGUCGCUUGCAACAACGCAUCCACAGAUGGUAACCACUGAGAGCGACAUUCGAAGAGUGAAAGCUCAAUUAAAGUAG